CACCAGCACCAACAGGCACCAGCAGGAUGAUGCGUUUUAUUUCUUGGCCGUCUCGGCGUGCAGAGAGAAUUUUUUGUCUGAAAAGAAAUUCGUGUUUUUUUGUCGUUUGUCUCAUCUCUUUGACGUCUACUUGUCCGUAAUUUUUAACGAUCAGCUUGUUUCUAUUCGCUAUUAGCAGCUCACAUCACACAUAAACUGCUCUAAUAUAGCAAAAAUCGCAAGUUAAAAUUCCUCUCUGCUGCAAAAUCAACACGAUCGAAAUUCAAAAUAAAGGCCACAACUGACUUUCUACGAAUUCAGCAGUUUGAAAAGCAUCAUAAGCAACGAGAAUUCUACUAUAAAUCAAUUUGUAAGACUUGAUAAUUAAAAUGGCUGAAGUUGUAGCUGAAAAUUGGAACGAGAUGUUUCUGAAAAUGAAAAAGUCUUUGGAAGGAGCAAUUUUCAUCUCCAUCGACAAUGAAUUUUCUGGUCUACGAGACAUGAACAAGGAGGACAUCAGCCUUUUCGACAACAAUGAGCAACGUUACUCCAAAAUCCGAAACCACAUCAACGAAUACUUCAUCGUGCAGAUCGGCAUUUCUGUUUUCUCAUACAACGCUGACAGCAGCGGCUACACAUGCGAGGUGUUCACUGUUUAUCUGUUCCCCAGCACAACAGGCAGGAAGGACACCUCUUUAAAAUUCCAGGCCUCCUCCAUUGAGUUUCUCUGCCGCUACAACUUUGACUUCAACAAGAUGAUGCAUCACGGCGUGACUUACAUGUCCCUGGCCGAAAUGGAGUUGUUGAAGAGGGCCAUGCAGAAUGGCAAAUACUCGCAGCAGCAGAAAAUGUCCCUCAGUGUGGACAUAGCAGACUUGUACAAGUCCUCUUGCUCCGAAGCAAUGAACUGGGCCGUCCGGGCCAAAAUCGGAGAUGAAACGACCAUCAAAUAUCCUGCUUGUCUCUCUUCGUACCUUCUGCACAAGGAUAUUCGAAUGUCCUGCCCUGACAUCUGUACUUUCGAUGUCCAGGAUGGUGGGAUUUUAAUCAGAAAAGUUUGCUUGGAAGUGAGGGCUAAUUAUGAGAUGGUUAGAGAAAUGCAAGAGACUGAACAGGCUUUUGAAAAGUUGAUUGGUUUCUCAAAAUUCUUCUCAUUGCUUGUGCAGGCCAAAGUGCCAAUCAUUGGACACAAUGUGCUUCUGGAUCUCAUGCUGAUGUACCAGCAGUUUAUUGGACCUCUGCCAGGCUCAUACAAUUUAUUCAAGAAAAAACUGCAGAAGACCUUUCCCACUAUUUAUGACACCAAAUAUCUUAGUUUGGAAGUGAAACGCAAAAUCUCCAUCAAUGAUGGUUGGGAUAGUGAUCUGCAGAGGCUGUACAACUACCUGCUGACAGAUCGUUGCAAUAACUAUGCACCUGGAGCUCCAAACAUCUCAACCAAUUCCUAUGCUCAAGAAGAUUUGCAUCUCUCUGCUGACGGAGACAAUAAUUCAAAGCGUGCUGGUCUGAAGGCAAAGUUUCAUGAUGCUGGUUGGGAUUCUUACUGUGCUGGAUACGUCUUCCUUCGUCUUGCCCACAUCAAUGCUGUUUUUGACGAGGCUGUCAAGAAUGAAGACAAAACAAGCGAGUUCAAUCUGACCUGGAAAAAUUUGCUGGAAUCUGUCCAACCAUUCCAAAACAGGGUUCACAUAUCCAUGGGGAAAUCCAAACACAUUGCGUUGGAAGGAAAAGAUCAAGAAGCCAAAUGGAACCAAAUUGUUUUCUUAACUGCCAAAGGAAACAAGACCUUUAACAUGAGGGACAUUGAGGACAAUUUUGUGCAGUAUGGGUCCCUUGAUAUCAAAAUUAUCAGCCCGAAAAGUGCUCUUCUUGCAACUUCCACACCAGAAUGCUUGAAAGACAUUUUGAAGGUGUGCAAGAAUCAUCCACUCUUUAGGGCUAGGAGGUACUCUAAGUUGAGACACUCUGCACACGGCAGAUAUUCUAUGUGGGCUGGCAUCUUUGCUGCAUUUGCAAGUGGGACUUUCUUGGUUUACUCCGCCUGCCACUGAAACAGAGCAGAAAGGCCUUUGACCUUUUAGAGGUGUUCGAGACGAUAGCCAGUGCGCGUAUUGUAUUUCUUUUUUCAACCAACUUUGGCCCAUUUUAAUAUUUUACAACGCACCAUGACAUUUAAUCUAUUUUAAAAACCUUGGGCAACACCGGUCCGAAAAUAAAAGAAGGCAUGGGCGUCGUUAAAAAUCGCCCUGACAAAUUUAACCCGCCAUUCAAAAGCCUGUUUUUUUCUGAGUUAACGAAAGCCUUGAACCUUCUUCUUCUUCUCAGUCUAAAAACCAGCCAGCAUUGAUUUUGGCGAUCGGUUUGAAGUUUGCUCCGCCCUCGCAGCAGUCGCGAAUUAAUUUUUGAGCAAAUUGUUUGAAACCGCGCGGCUGCUCGAUGUCAGCAAUUAAGACAGAAAACAUGCAAAGAAUGAGCGGGACCGGUGGCUGUCGCCGGGUAACUUAUUUUAACGGUGAGACGCCGCCGAAGCACCUCUGUGUUAGCUAACGAUAUUGCCCUGCUGCGAGAGCAGAGCUGCAAUGGAGGGCAGUGUGAGAUAUUAUUGUAAUAGAGGCCAGCAGCCGGCCGGCCAGAUGAGCCGCGCCGCCGAUUGUACAAUAGCCGGGCCACUUUUCGAAUAAAUGGGCGACGCGCCCGUUUUCCCUGCGACUUAAUUUUGCCUCCAGAUUUUUGUCCUUGGGCUAAAGUGUAUUUUUGUAGAGCACACUCAUUUUUGCACAAUCAAGGUAUACAUAUACAAAAAGUAAAGAGCAGAAAACUACUCCGAAGGCGCUAAGCUAUUUGUGUCUUCGAGUCCACCAAACUUUUGCCAUGCUUGGGGUUUUUUACCACGCAGAAAUAGCCGCCACCUAUAAUAGGUGGUACACUGUUGGGCAGUUGUAGUGGACCGGCCGCGAGCAGCGAAUUGUGAGAUCGCUUCCCUCGGCAGAAGCGCGAGCGCCGAGAUCGAUUUGUAUUGACGAGAGGUGUUCUCUCGUGUCUUUCGAUCCUGCCGAGAUUUUUUUGCAAGCGAGAGUGAGCAGCAGUCGGACGUACCAGAGGCGUGUGCGGAUUAUUUGCACUCUCUCCUCCUCCCUUUGCUAUUUUCUGCCGCGCAUUUCAUCGGCACAUAGCUGGGUUUUAUUUUUGAAUUCCUCGUAAUUAUGCUCUCGCUACUGUCCUUGAGGCGCGCCGCGUGCCGGUGGCAUUCAUUUCGCCGUGGAAAUUCAAAUUUAGGCUAACGGAGGAGCUCUCCACUCGCUCGUCUGCCGCGACUAUUUAUUUGUUUUCCACCGCUGACCAAUAACCCACCCGACUCUGUUUUAUUUUACAACCGAAAACAUUUCGCCCCAACGCGCAGCACAGCCUCGUUGGGAAAAAUUGUCAACUCCGUCCAGCGUGGAGAAUGUGAAAUUUAUCUAAAUGAAAAUAAUUAAGUGCACAACCACUCCGCACCAUUAAGUCAAAAUUUAUCGCCAAUAAAAGGUUAAAAAUAAUUUGUAGUAUUUCCUAACAAAUUAUACAUAAAAACUGCAAGCAUAAAAAUGAAAUAGGCCAAUAUUACAACAAGUACCCUAUUAUAACCUUCAAGUCUAGGAAUUUUAUUUUUGCUACAGAUGUCGUUUCUCUAAAAAAAAAUCGUCACUUCGUAUAGAGUUUGUUUUCCCCUUUUAUUUUAACACAA